CAUGAACAUACCUUACUUUAAACCUCGUUCAUAAGCUAGUUAGAAUUCUUUUAUUAAACAAUAUUAAGACUUUCUAUAAAAGAAUAGAAAGAAUAAUACGACCAUCUUAGAACCAAAAUAACAAUAAAAGUAGUAAUCAUAUUCACCACUCUUUAAACAACCUAAAUUAAGUUAUUAAAAACUAAAAAAUUUAAGAUUAUAAACUAGUCCAAGUACUAAAAGAGUACAUUGCUAUUCUCUAAGUAGUAAUUAAUAAACAGAAAAUUCAACUUAAAUAGAUAGAUCAUUAAGUCAAUAUGAAUUUGAAUUAAAAGAUAAAUCUAUUAGUAGUGCCAGUCUAUUUUAGGAAACAAAAAAAUAAUUAGAAGAAAUUAAAUAAUAGACUCCUAAAUUAUAAUAAGGGAUCGUUGGAAUUUUAGGUUUAAUUAAAAAGGAAAAAUAAAUUAUUUUGAAUGAUAUGAAAUUAAUCACAAAAUAAAUGAACAAAUAUAAAUAAAAAUAUGAAGAAAUUUAAAAGUAAUAAGAAGAAUUAUAGUACAAAUUCAAAAUUACUAAAGAUGGCAAUGAAAUUCAUUCUCGCUCUUAAGAUAAAAUUAAUGAUACUUACUUAUAAAUGAUUUUAUUAUUGAAAGGACUAUAAGUACAAUAUAAUGAUGUUUUACCUGAAUUAGAAUUUAAUUUAUAAAAUAAAAUUGAAGAUUUAGAUGAAGAUAUUAGAAUACCAGAUAAAGAUGAGAUUAUAAUCUUAUAAAAAUUAAUUAUUAAAAAGCUCGUCAAGAAAAUUGAAGAUUAAAAGUAACUAAAUUAAUUAUUAUAAACUAAAACAAAGGAAUAUGAAAUUUGA